AAUUGAGAAUUGUGACAUGCGGUAUAGUUGUUUUUGAUUUAUUGUUUAAAUUCAAAAUUUUCGUUGCGCGCGGUUUUAAUUUCGUGAAAAUGUACAUGGUGUGUAAAUUAAAAAUCGGAAUUAACGUUUUACUAAAGAAUGAAGUGUAGUGAAGAUUCGUUGCGUUAUCGUCAACGGGGAUACAUGUUUGUAUUAAUACAAACACGAGCUGUUGUUUAUAAAAUAUGGCAAAUAUCAAACAAAAAAGAAAGUUCGGUGUUUCAAAAACCGAGAAUUGCUUAGGAAAUACCAAUAAAUAUGUAAGUGUUACGAAACAUUUCGAAUCCAAUGGAACUGUUAAUAAAUUGAUAGAUACAGAUCUACCAGAAAUAACGUUCGAUAUUAAUAAGGACAUGAGUCCUAAAAAAAGGAUCAUUAAAUUCUCCAGUGCGUCUAAACCGAGUGAAAUUAGAAGACAGUUAACAAGUACUUCUUUACCAGCAACUAGGGCUACUUUAAAAAAACGAUAUCCUGCUCUACCAUCGAAAGUUAAACAAAUACAAAUUCCUAAAAAGGGUGAAAAAAUUAAUUUUACAAGUCAAUCUUUUAGAGAACUUGACAUGAACACCCUUACUUCUAAUUAUAAUUAUAUGAAGUUCCCAAGUGAAACGGACGCGUUGAAUACGUCGUUUACAGUAAAUGUGAAUAGACAAGAGAUAAAUAAAGAACAAAAUGGAACAAAAACUGUUGCUGGAGUCGUACCAAAACGUUCCGGGACAUCGCUGUGCGUAAAUCGAAGUAAAUCUCUACUUGAAGUUUAUGGUAAAAAUGACGCACAUGAUACAACGAAAAAAUUAAAGAAAGAAAUAAAAGAUGAGUGUAUGAGAAAUAAGAGACGACUUCUAGCUGAACUUAAAACGGAAAUAGCAGAAUUUCGCAACACCAAAGGAGAUCGCGAAUUGAACAUUGGUAUGAAACCCCCGGUAUCUAAAUCAAUUUCCGAAAAAAUAAACGAGUUCGAUUCGGUGGCGUUUAUUUUACAAAAUAGGGUGAUUAUACCGAAUUCGGACGAUUUCGGUUCGUAUCCGUUAUUACCGAAAAAUGAAAAUUUUGAAAAAACUACUCAACAACCAAUCGAAACAUCGGUAGCAGAAGGGGACGUUAGCGACAACGACGACGAGGCAUCUUUAUCAAGUUUGUCCGUAUUCGAUCAACAGAUAACAAAAUCAACGGGAAUUUCCAAAAACAGUGACACGGAAUUAAAUACAAAAAUCGAACAGAACAAAAUGUUAAUUAAUAAAGUAAAGAAAGUUUUGGAUAUAAUCAAAUUAGGUGUCCAAUUUCCAGUAGAGCCGUUUCUAGAGCAGGACUUUAAAUUGGAAAAUACAGCUUCGGAUGUUACCUUUAACGAAACUAAAAGUGAAAUCGAAACCGCCGUGCACGUUUACGACGAUGUGGCACCACAGCCAUCGAAAAGUGACGUAGAAACGACUGUUGAUGCGAUUUCUUUAGGAGAAACUUUAGAAGUUAAAAAGAAAAAGAGCGAAAUAGAAACUGCCGUACAUCAAACAGUGAUAGAAGAAAUAACUAGCGAUGAUACAUCGAAACCUAUCAGUAUAACAGAUGACGAUUUUAUCGAAGAAGAAUUAGAUAAAAUAGAUGAAAUUAUAGAUCAAGACAAAUUAACGGAUUUAAACGAUAUUUACCUUAAUAGACCUUUAACUAGAAGAAAUGAAAACGUAAAGUCUAUCGAAGAUAAAUUUCGAACGGUACCUGUUAUUACAAAUAAUAUAGAUAUGAGCGACUUGGAUAUAGUACAAGCAAAAUUGAGCACAAUUCGUGAUACAGAAAGCGAUAGUACAAGUGACGAUAUUUUCACUGAUUCGUUACCUAAAGAAAUUCCAAACGUCCACUUAAACACCACGUUAAACACUGACACUAAUAAUAUAUCUAAAAAUCCCGAAAAUAUAAAAAACAAACCGGAUAUUCGUAACGAUUUUCCGUUUAAAUCUCGCAUAAGAGAUUUCAUAAAUACAUCAAAUAAAUCCGAAAUUGAUUAUCAGCAAACAAAAACCGACCACCCCGUAGAAUAUACAGACGAUUCCGGUCGUGGUACGGAUUUUUCGCGCAAAACUAUAAAAUAUAGAGACACUGCUUCGAAUACCGAAGAAGAAAAUAUCACGAAAAUUCAAAAGAAAAUGAACGUCGCUUGUAACACCGAACAUAAAAUGAACGAUUUUAGUACCUUAACUAAACCACUACAAAUGAACUUUUCUUGUGACGUGGAUCUACCGAAACGAUCUCGUGAUGUUACCUGCAAUACCGACCGGUCGUUAAUCGAAACCAUCGAUGCCGUAUGCUCGACAGACGUUCGUACGUCUUCGACGGCAACGCAAAAAUGUCGGUUGGACGGUGUUCGAAUGACGUUCGAAUCCGUUGAAAAUAUCGAUAUUCCUUGUAAUAAUCAUUUAAGAAAAUCGGAAGUGUUGAGAUUCCAGUUGUUACCGCCUGUGAAUAUCGUUAGUCUUCCUACUGUCCAGAAGAUUUUUCAUUUUUAUAUAGAUAAAUAUGGGCAAAGUCACGUUUCUUAUCGUCCAUCGAUUAAAUCUGUUGGUUAUGUUGAAAUACGUUCGCCAUCUUGGGAAGUUAAAGUGAAGGAAAAAGUCAGCGAGCUGUAUAAUGCGAAUGGUUUUAGGGAAAUUAAAAAGACGAAACCGUCAACGCGAAACCCUAAACAUAGAUGCAAAUUCUUCGUCGAACAUGAUACAUACAAUCCCGAUUAUGAAACUGGUUCCGAAACCGAUAAAACGACAAAAGAUUCCGUCAGUAAAACAAACGAUUUCCGUAAAAUAAACGUAUGUAGAGAAGACGACAGUGAAUUUUACAUAGAAACGAAAAAAAUUGACAAAAAACAAAUUUAUCAGGACAAUACUUGUUUCUACACAACUUACAGCGAUUCUUCGUUAAUCGUCAAAACGAUUAAAGGAGUUUCUGAACAUGUUCUGACAAGUGACAGCGAUACGAAUUCUCGCGUCGAAUCGAUUUCCGAAUCGAAUAAACCGAUUCAUUCGUCGGAUAAUUCGAGUCAAUGGAUCGGCGAAUUAAUAAAUCAGAAUAUCGAGGAACAAUUUUACAAAAAUCAUAUUAAACCGAAUCCGGAGAAUCGUUGGAAAUAUCCAACCGAAAAAACGCGAACUAACUCGGGAUGUUUGACGCAAUUAAGUUCGAAAGACGAUAAACAAUCAAAAAAAUCGUACAAAACGAUCGAAACCCAAACCGUACCGUGGCUACCGGAAUCGAUUUCAAAACCAACGCAUCACUUGUCGAUACAAACUGAUUCGAAAUCGAUUUCAAUAACCGACGAGAAAAAAUCGAUAAACCCACUAAUUCGAUUAGAUACAUCAAUUGAAGCUAUCAAUUACUUAGAUAUUGAGGAUAAAGAUAAAUCUGAAAGUAGUGUUCCAACGAAUAAAACAAAUAACAUUAUUGGUGACCUGGAUAAAAUAAGCGUAACAGUCACUUGUUCGGAAGAAAAAAAAUCUUUCGAAACCGAUAAAAUUCCUGUCAAAAAAACCAAAAAAAUCAAACUUAAACACCCCUCGGGAAAUAAAAAGACACACAACGAAGCAUUAAUGGAGAAAAAAAUGAGAAAUAAAAGUAAAAAUAACCAAAGACCAAAAAAAAUGGAAAAAAAUACGUUACAGGGUGAUACAGCAUUAAUGGACGAUAAAUAUAGAAAAAAUAACCUCGUUGAUGAUGUCAUCAGUAAAUUUAGAAACGUUUACAUAGUGGAUAACGAUACUAGUGGACAAAGUUUAUCCGAAGGGGAGAUCAGGUGUUGUUGCACUACGAGUAGCGGGGAAAUUCACGAGUGUAAAUUUCUACGGGAGCGUUCGUUUGAAAAGGACAUUGGAAUCAAUCCGGUUAAAAAGAAAAACAAUUAUUUCGAUAAUUGGAUAACUUAUUAUUUCAAUAACCAAUCGUUCGUAAAUAAUAGUAGUUCUACGUCAUAGGAAUGUUAUAAUUAAAUUAUCUAUAGACAUUUUUUAGGGUAGGGUAUGAUAGCGUAAGUUGACGUGUUAAAUUUUUCGGUUGUUUUUUUUUGAAUCGUAAUUAAAAUUUUUGUAUGUCAUUUUUUUGGCGAUUAAAGCAUGGUUUAUAUAAAAAGAA